AUGGCCUAUCACAAAGUGAAUGCAGACCAGAGAGCACAAGGGCACUCCCCGUACCUUGACAACGAUGAGCUCCAAGCUACAGCGCUGGAACUGGAAUGGGACAUGGAAAAAGAGCUGGAGGAGCCUGGCUUUGACCAUUUCCGUCUGGAUGGUGUGGUCCAGCAUCACCUGGGAAACUCGCAGAGCCCUGACCUUGAUCUCGAGCCCAUUCAGCCAUCAUCUUCUCCAAAGGGAAGAUUCCAGCGGCUUCAGGAAGACCCCGACUACAUUUCACACUAUACGAGACAGGCACCAAAGAGCAACCGCUGCAAUGUUUUUCAGAUACUGAAAGUAUUUUGCACUGCUUUAAUUUUAUUUAUUUUUGGAAUUGUGGUAGGUUAUUAUGCACGCAAGAAAUGCCCUUCUCCCCCAGCAUCUCAAGAACCAAAUAACCUUCACAUCUACCAUGACAUUCUCAAGGAAAUCAAAGCUGAAAAUAUUCAACAGGUUUACAGAGAUUUGUUACAGUUCCCUAGAGAAGAUGAUGUAGACAUUGCAAUGAAAAUUCUGGUUCAGUGGAGUUCCCAAGGCCUUGAAGAUGUCCGGCUGGUAAAUUACUCUGUUUUGCUUGACCUACCAGGCUCUUCUUCAAACACAGUAACUCUGAAAAACAGCGGUGAGUGCUUUUAUCCUAGUGGACAACAGUGCAACAGAGAGCCCAAAACGGUUCGUAGCCAAGACCUCCUGUACUCGUAUGCAGCUUACUCUGCCAAAGGAACUCUUGAGGCAGAACUUAUUGAUAUACAGUAUGGGACUGUGGAAGACUUGAUCCGGAUUCAAGCCAUUACAAACGUGACCAAAAAAAUUGCACUUUUGAAGCUAGGACAAUCACCUUUGCUUUAUAAGCUUUCUCUGUUAGAAGAUGCGGGGUUUGGCGGUGUUCUUCUUUACGUUGAUCCUUGUGACUUACCAAAGACUACAGAUCUUGCUGAUAAAGCUUUUAUGGUUUCCUUGAACAGCGGAGGAGAUCCAUCAACGCCUGGUUAUGCCAGUAUUACUUUACAACCUUUUUGA